AUGGCCAAGGGAGCCAAAGGCCCCAAAGGGAAAAAAAUCACCCUGAAAGUAGCCAAGAACUGCAUCAAGGUCACGUUUGAUGGGAAGCACCGACUUGACCUGAGCAAGAUGGGCAUCGCCACCUUCCCCAAGUGCAUCCUCAAGCUGGACGACGUGGAUGAGCUGGACCUCAGCAGGAACAUGCUCAAGAAGAUCCCGGACUCCAUUGACAAGUUCCAGAACCUGCGCUGGCUGGACCUGCACAGCAACCAGAUCGACAGGCUGCCGGAGAGCAUGGGAAACCUGCAGAACCUCGUCUUCCUGAAUCUCUGCAACAACAAGCUGACGGCACGGAGCUUGCCCAUGGAGCUCAGCCAGCUCAAGAACCUGCGCAACCUCAACCUCGGCCUGAACCACAUCGACAACCUUCCGACCACGCUGGGGGCACUGAAGGAGCUCCAGGAGGUUGGGGUGUUUGACAAUUUGCUGACCACCAUCCCCAACAGCGUGGCGAAGCUCCCGAAGCUCAAGAAGCUGAAUACGAAAAGAAACCCCUUCCCGGGCCCCACGGAGGAGGAGCUCUAUAUUGACAGCAUCAAGCGCCUGGAGACGCUCUACUUGGUGGAGGAGAAGGACCUGUGCUUCCCCUGCUUGAGGAAAUGCCAAGAGGAGAGGGACAAGCUGAACAAGCUCAAGAAUGCGGUGCCAGUCCCUUCCAAGAAGCAAAACUUUUCGAAUCUCAUGGCUCCCAAUUCUCUGGCCAAGGAGAACCAACCAGACUGGAGGUAA